AUGGCCGUCUCGCCUCUUGCACUCGUGCUCCUCCUCCUCGCCUUCGCCGUGUCUCUCUUGUACAUCCUCCGUAGGCCCGCCCCUCUGCGCAGCGGCAGCGAUGGAGGACGGAGGCAUCUUCCGCCGUCACCGCGCGGCCUCCCGCUGCUCGGCCACCUACAUCUCCUCGGCUCGUUGCCGCACCGGGCCCUGCGGUCCCUGGCCGCCGCACACGGCCCGGUCCUGCUGCUCCGGCUCGGCCGCGUGCCCGCCGUGGUCGUGUCCUCGCCGGCCGCCGCGGAGGAGGUGAUGAGGGCCCGCGACCUGGCCUUCGCGAGCCGGCCCCGGAGCGCCAUGGCCGACCGGCUCCUCUACGGGCGCGACGUAGCGUUCGCGCCCUACGGCGAGUACUGGCGCCAGGCGCGCCGCGUGUGCGUGGUCCACCUCCUCAGCCCGCUCCGCAUCCUCUCCUUCCGCGGCGUCCGGGAGGAGGAGGCCGCCGCGCUGGUCGAGCGCGUCCGCGGAGCGGCGGCGGGCGGCGCCGCCGUGGACCUGUGUGAGCUCCUCGUCGCCUACGCCAACACGGUGGUCUCGCGCGCCGCGUUCGGGGACGACAGCGCGCGCGGCCUGUAUGAGGAAGGCAACAAGGAACGCGAGCUGAGGAAGGUGUUCAACGACUUCCAGGAGCUGCUCGGCACGGCGCCUCUGGGGGAGCUCCUGCCGUGGCUGGGGUGGUUGGACGCCGUGAGGGGGAUGGAGGGGAAGAUCAGACGGACGUUCAAGGCGCUCGACGGUGUGCUCGAGAAGGUGAUCGGCGACCACCGCCGCCGGCGUCAAGCCGGCCAGCAGACGGGAGAUGACGGCGGCGAUCACAGGGAUUUCGUGGACGUGUUGUUGGACGUGAGCGAUACUGACGACGAAGCUGGCAUGCGUCUCAGCACGACCGAAAUCAAGGCCAUCAUUUUGGACAUGUUCGCGGCGGGCACGGACACGACGAGCACGGCAAUGGAGUGGGCCAUGGCGGAGGUCAUCACGCACCCAGACAGCAUGCGUAAGCUCCAGGACGAGCUCAGGGCGGCCGUCGGUGGCUCCGGGCACGUCAUCACCGAGGACCACAUCGACAAGCUGCACUACCUCAAGGCGGUGGUCAAGGAGACGCUACGCCUGCACCCACCGAUCCCGCUCCUCGUGCCCCGAGAGCCACAAGACGACGCCGAGAUACUCGGCCACCACGUCCCGGCGGGCACGCGGGUGGUCAUCAACGCGUGGGCCGUCGGCCGGGACCCGGCGGCGUGGGAGCGCGCCGAGGAGUUCGUACCAGAGAGGUUUCUCGACGGCGCGGUGGACUACAAGGGGCAGGACUUCCAGCUGAUACCGUUCGGUGCUGGGCGGCGGGGGUGCCCCGGGGUCGGAUUCGCCGCGGCGACCGUUGAGAUGGCGCUGGCGAGUUUGAUGUACCAUUUCGACUGGGAGCCGGCCGGGGCGUCGCUGGACAUGCGCGAGGUGAACGGGCUCGCCGUGCAUCUCAAGUCCGGCCUGCCGCUUGUCGCUAAACUGCGGUUUCGUUAG